CCAAAACAGCCUUAAGCCUCUAACCGUGAGCAGGGGUGAAGAGAGGAUGCAGAUGUCCGCUCUGGAGGCCCCAGUGUAGAUUCAUGUGUGUGUGCCCCCUGCUGGUGGACGGUAGAGUCGCCUCUCGUCAAAACAGGAAUCAGGACAGCUCUAAAUACAGCUGACUGUUGCCCUUUAAGGAAGGGGGUCCCGGAGGAGUGGACGCCAUAAGUAGACCUUUCCAGAGACUUGGAGAGCUCAAUUGCGAGCAGCAGAACAAGAAGACUGAAGUUUGAUAUCGAGCUAUUACAUAAUGACACAGAGAGCCAGCUAGACCGGUCAGUGCCAGGCGUUCAACCCAGAAAGCAACAUUCAAAUUGACAGUAAUGAGACGUUUGCGAUGCUAAAACAAAAUGGAAAAUAAAAUGAAGAAAUGGCUUUGAAGAAUUGCAAUUUCUGAAGAAGAGAUUUGUUGUUGACACAUGGUGCUAACUGGACAGUGACAUCGGAGCCAGUCGACAAGUUUGCAGGUUUUGUGGUCCAAAACAUCUUAAAAAGCCAAUCACUGCUUCAACCAUGACCUCAGCCACACCCCCAUCCUCUGAAGGCUCCUCCCCCCAAAAGGUGUGCCACUCCCAGACCCAAACAGACAUCACUAAACCUCUGCUGGGACCCCCGGGCGGGACGGGGGCCAACACAGGGACCAACGGGACCAAUGGAACAACCGGGGUGAACGCACUGAGGAGGAGGCGCAGAGUCCUGUCCAAAGAUGGCCGCAGUAAUGUGUGCAUUGAGCAUGUGAGCGGCCGGGGGGCGCUCUACCUGCGCGAUCUAUGGACCACCUUUUUGGACAUGCAGUGGAGAUACAAGUUCUUCCUAUUCGCAGCCACAUUUGCUGGGACGUGGUUUGUGUUUGGGAUCCUCUGGUAUCUCAUCGCUUUGGUGCAUGGAGACCUACUGGAGUUCGACCCCCCGUCUAACCACACCCCAUGUGUAAUGGAGGUGAAGACACUGACCGGAGCCUUCCUGUUCUCUCUGGAGUCUCAGACCACCAUUGGCUAUGGUUUCAGGUGCAUCACAGAGGAGUGUCCUGCUGCCAUAGUCCUGCUCAUCUUCCAACUUGUGCUCACCACCAUAAUGGAGAUCUUUGUCACUGGCACCUUCCUCGCUAAGGUUGCUCGCCCAAAGAAGCGAGGAGAGACGGUGAAAUUCAGUCAACAUGCAGUUGUGUCCAGUCACGAAGGACAGCCCUGUCUUAUGAUCAGAGUAGCCAAUAUGCGCAAAAGUCUGCUGCUCGGAUGCCAGGUGACUGGUAAGCUGCUACGCACCUCCCUAACCAAAGAGGGUGAGACUGUGCGCUUGGACCAGAGGAACGUGCCCUUCAGCGUAGACACCUCAAGCGACAGCCCCUUCCUCAUCAUCCCCCUCACCUUCUACCACAUCAUCGACCACCACAGCCCGUUACAAGCAUGGGCCGCUAAAGGUGGUGGUUGGACCGACCCUGAGCUCGCUGACUUUGAGUUGCUGGUGAUUUUGAGCGCUACCAUCGAGCCCACCUCUGCCACCUGCCAAGUCCGGACGUCCUACCUCCCAGACGAGAUCCUGUGGGGCUAUGAGUUCCCUCCUGUGGUCUCCCUCUCCCCCACUGGAAAAUAUGUGGCUGAUUUUGCCUUCUUUGACAAAGUAGCCAAAACGAAAAGCCCUCCUCCUUUUUUCAAACAAGCUCUACCACCAAGUCCCAAAUCUCAAACCAGAGGCAGCAAAGAUGGAGGAGCAGACCCAGAGAAAAUGCGCUUGGAGGAAAAAUAUCGUGGAGAGGAGAAAGGGAAAGAUAGAGGACGUAUUCGAGACAGUAGCCCACUCAGUGUUCGAAUCAGUAAUGUUUGAAAAGAAAGAUAUCAAAAAAUUUAGCAACAAAACUGAAACAGGAAAUGAAAAAGACAGCUGCUGAAAUUAUUUUAAAAAUUUUCUAAACUGGACCAAAACCACGUCACGUAAAAGACACAAAUGCCGUUUUGCAAAUCUUACUCUAAAUGUCAAUGUAAAUAAUAUAAGGCGUCACAACGGACACACUCUACAGGCUACACAAGAGGACUGGACAUAGAAACACCCUUUAAGUUGUGCAAGGAAGAAGUUUGACUAAUUUUGAUUUUGUUGUGUGGCUACAUUAUUAAGGUCAACAUAGAUAAAGAUGAGGAUUACAUAUCAAAUUCAUUGGCUGCAGAGUUGCCAAGAUGGAUGAAGGUUUGAUAAUAUUACUGGGGUAAGUGGGAAUCAAAAUUCAACCCAUGUUUAAGCUGUGGAUCAUCCAAAUAGUUAAAACAAUUGUUUUCCAAAGUGUAAAUGUUUGUUAAAGCCCUGUUUAAUUAUACAUCAAUGGGCCAGAUAACAAGACACAGAUUGAUUAAAUGUUGUGGUGGUGUACAAAUGAUAAUAAUGCUUUGCCUAGAAUGUUCCACAGUAUGCCAUUAAACGUAUUUAUCUCCAUGGAUUCACAAGCCCACUCACAGGAGUAAUGCACGUUUUCAAGGUAUUUUGAGCAAUAAAAACAACUGUAAUUGAAUAAAUGCAAAACAGAUAAGUUUAAUGCUAUGCUAUGGAAUAGUCUAGGCAUUACAAGCAGGUGGCAGACCCUCAACCUGAAAAGUUACAUAGAGCACCUUUAACUAGUUUGGAGGCAUCAUGGAUUUUUUUUCCCCUGGGAUCCAGAAUACACACUUCGUCAAUACUUUACAAAGAUGUGAGUCUGGUCACUGGGGAAUCUCUCUGAGUUCAGAUGGACAUGAUUGACAGGUGGAUUAGCCAGUCAGAGAAAUGCAUGGUCUGUCCGUAUCAAAACAAAUACAGCUGCUUAUGAGGGGGAAAAAAAAGACAAAAUCUGAGGUGAGAGAAAUGCCAUUUUGUUUGUAAAUGAUAGAUGACCAAUGAGCUCCUUUGUUUCACAUGCGUCACUGAAAAAAAACAAAUCUGAUUGCAUGAUCGUGUUUGGUUCUGGGGUUGAGACCAGACUGAUAGCCCUGUGUAUAAAAAAUACAGAGAGAUAUCAAGGAUUUUAUAUGAGGGAUUGUCAAAAUGUGUCAGAUGGAGAACAAGGGAAACCACUUGGGUAUAUAAACACAUGGCAGCUCUAACAACAGAAACUAAGCUACAUCUAUGAAGAAAAUUACACACAACUUUUGAUAAAACCUGGGCAUUUCAAUACUGUAACAUGUUAUGUGACAGGCAAAUACAUUAUUGACGAUAGUGGGCAUGACUGACGAGUUUCUAUGCUUGGACACUAUUCGAACUGCCUACCCAUGUUCAAGAUGUUUUUUUAACAAGGGAUCACAAAACCACAUGGUACUACUGUAUAUUAUUGUAUUAUGUACUAAGUAACAACUUCUAACAUUGCACUAGAAAUGAUCAUGAAUGUUAGUCAAAUAACAAUACUAAGCACUUUAACUUUGUACUUGUGAACCAUUUUGAUGAAAAGGUUUUACUAACUUUUUUAAUAAUUGCACUGUAAGAAGUGAUAUUAUUUUGGUUAUAUUGUGCCUACUGUAUGCAUUUAAGCAUACUCAUUUCUCUGUAUAUUAUGUAAAUUACAGUCAGUUUUAAUAUUUAAUACAGUGCUACACACCUUUUAUGUAGGUGAAUAU